CAUGGUGGAUGUGCUAUCGUAGUGGGAAUUCGAUGGAAACUGACUACUUUAAAAAAUUUCGCUGAACCGUGAACGUGUUCAAUUUAUUUCGCUUCCGUGUGGCUUGUUUUACAAAAGGAGCAAAGAUUGGCCAUGGCCUCCAAAGAGCUUUCCCCACUUCAGUCAUCUCCAACACCUGAAAAUGAGCAAAUUUGUAAUCUUUGUAGCCAGCAAUACAAGCAGCCUAGGGUUUUAUCAUGCCUCCAUGUUUUUUGUGAAACUUGUUUAGAAAAACUACUGCUUGACUCCACAGACAAACAGUUUGAAACUGAAACAUCAGACCAAUUUCAUGUUUUGAGUUGCCCAGAAUGCAGCCAGGAAUCUAAGUUAUAUGCUAAAGGUGUUACUGGACUUCCAUUGGACGUUGUAACCUGUAACCAGCUGGAGAUCUCGGCCAUUGAAAAUACCCAAAUUGUAUGUACGAGUUGCAAAGCGAAAGAGAAAGCAGUUGCCAGGUGUAGUGACUGUUCAACAUUUCUUUGUUCAAACUGUGUUACGGCUCAUCAGUAUAUGAGAUGUUUUGAAAAUCAUAAAGUGGUAACAUUUGAUGAAAUGAAAGCUGCCGGUGAUGGAAUAACUCUCCACAAAAUCAUCAACUGUCCGAAACACGUGGGUGAAACCAUGAAGUUUUACUGUCAUACUUGUGAGGUUCCAAUAUGUAAUGACUGUAUAGUAACAGACCACAAACAAUGUGAUCAUCACUAUGAACGAAUUACUGAUGUUGAGCUGAAACAACGUGAAGAAAUUGAAAAUUUGGUGAAAGAGAGUGAAGAGAAGAUUACCUUUUGUGAAAUCGCUUCUUCCACUCUGCAGAACUCUCUCACGGACUUACAGGUGCAGCGUGAUGAUACUAAAACUGUUAUUCAGGAGACCUUUAUGAAGUACCAAGCAGUGUUAGAUAAACGACAGGAGGAUCUUUUACAGGAACUGGAGAAUGUGCAUUCUGAAAAAGAACUGUUUCUCAUGGAGACAAUGCAUAAUGUAGAAAGAACAAUGGACAAAUUUGAGGAUGCCUGUAAAUUCACCAAAAAGCUCCUACAACAUGGGAAUGCCAUUGAAGUGCUCACUCUAAAACAGUUUGUCCGUUCCCAGCUUAUGUAUCUGAUCAACAACACACCCAAGCCUGAUGUCAAUGUAGAAAUCAAGUUUAAAUAUGAUGAAUCUAAUUUUGAGAAAAGUAUACAAGAAAUCUGUGGAUUUCUGUGCAAGUCUUCAGUACUGCCAAAACCUGAAGACACUCCACCUCCACAUCAGAAUUCUCCCAUCCAUUCAGCUUCUUCUCUUGAUAAUGAGGGGUUUGUUUUACCUCCUGAUGUUCUUGGUGAUAAAACUUCAGUGCCUUCAUCUCUAGAUGUAGACUUGGCCAAUAAUGUUGUUGCUCAGUACAACUUGGCUCAGUUGGCUGGCAUGGCUGAGCGUAGCUCUUCUCAAGAAUCUUCUAACCCAACACCUCCCCCAACCUUGUAUGAUCUUCUUCAGAUUUCUGCUCCUGGUAGUGAUGCAGCAGUAGCUGCUCAUCUAAAUGCUCUGAACAACUUAUCAGCUUUGGCUAAACUUGGCUCAGUCUCUAUGAAUGAUUCUGGGCAAGUACUCCUGAAUGGUCAGAUAGUUUCUAGUCUGAGUCCAGAUUCUGUUGGUCUACCACGCACUCCAACAUCCCAGCAUCCAACUCACACUCAGGGGCUAAGAUCUUUACAGCCAUCACCUUUAGACUCAACCCUGGGUGGUCUUCUGAAUGGUGGAACAUCAUCUAUUCCCACACAAUCAACCAGAGGUGGUAGCCCUCUUCUUGGGUCGCCUUUGAGUGAUGGAUGUGUAAUCAGUGCAAAUCUACACAGAGGUGUGCCACAUACUGUGAUUCCAGGAAAUGUUAUGCCACCUGGGACAGGAGGUCCAGGAAACUAUAAUCCUCCACCUCGCAGUGCUACUACUAAACUUAACACAAUGCAGAUCAGAUGCAAGUUUGGCCAACUCGGUCCAGGAAGAGGACAGUUCAGCUCACCGCAUGGUUUUUGCUUGGGUUUGGAUGAGGAAAUUAUUGUGGCUGACACCAAUAAUCACAGAGUUCAGGUUUUUGACAAAAUGGGAGAAUUCAAGUAUCAGUUUGGUUUUCCUGGAAAGGAGGAAGGCCAAUUAUGGUAUCCACGCAAGGUUGCAGUCAUCCGACAGUCUGGCAAGUUUGUCAUAUGUGAUCGAGGCAAUGAGAGAUCACGCAUGCAACUGUUCACCAAGAAUGGGCAUUUUAUUAAAAAGAUAGCUAUCAGAUAUAUUGACAUUGUUGCAGGACUAGCCAUCACCAGUGAUGAACACAUUGUAGCUGUGGACAGUGUCUCCCCUACUGUCUUUGUUAUUGCAGAGAAUGGUGACUUGCUUCACUGGUUUGAUUGCAGUGAGUACAUGCGAGAACCUUCAGAUAUAGCCAUCAUUAGAAAAGAAUACUACAUUUGUGAUUUCAAGGGGCAUUGUGUUAUUGUUUUUACUGAAGAUGGGCACUACCUGAGACGUAUAGGCUGUGAAAACAUAACUAACUUCCCCAAUGGAAUUGAUAUAAGUGAUGCUGGGGAUGUCUUAGUUGGAGAUAGUCAUGGGAAUCGAUUUCAUGUUGUUGUCUUUUCUCGUGAAGGUUCACUUUUGUCUGAGUUUGAAUGUCCAUAUGUUAAGGUCAGUCGAUGUUGUGGCCUAAAGAUAACAUCAGAAGGUUAUGUUGUUACCUUGGCUAAAAACAACCAUCAUGUCUUGAUUCUAAACACAUUGUAUGUCAUGUGAACAGCUUUUUAUGUUGUGGAGUUUACAUGAAUGUUCCACGUUUUGUUAAAGAUGUUAACUCUAGUUGUGUAACAUCAUAAUAAUUAUAACUUAUCUAAUCAUUCAAUACCAGAAGAUUUCUGUUACUUGCCUUCAAUCUGUAAGGUAUAUAACACAUAUUUUAUAUAUAACAGAAUGUAUUAUCUCAGUAGUCCAUAGUUUGGGGGGGCUCUGGAAAUUGUUUAAAAAAAUAUAAAACAAGAUGAACACCUUUUCAUCUGGUAGCCAAAGAAUUUUUUGAUGUUGUAAAAAAAAAAAGACGACGAAUGAGAUGUAGGUCAUUCCGUUCAGUAGGAAGCCUGUGAUAUUAACACUAGUAAAUUUGUUAGCUUGCUCACGACUAUACAUACACACACACAUAUAUAUAUAUAUAUAUAUACACAUAUAUAUCUAUACACAUAUAUUUUUGUUGAUUUGAUCUCUUGCCCUAUCACCAGAUGUGUUAACUUCAGCUGUUCUUUAUGAAGAGCUUGUGUAUCAGGGGCUUCAGUACAAACAAUAUUAAAGUUUAGGAAAUUCUACACUUCCUCACUUUAUUAGCAUGGAAAACUAAAUAAUAAUAAUAAUACAUAUUCUUUUAUUAUGUGGGAGCUGUGACAAAUCUACUGACCAGGUGUGGUAUCAAAAGGAAAAUACUACUUAAGUUGUAAAGGCAGCAAGCAUUUGUUGAACAGGUGAAAGGUUGUAAAGUACUUAAAGUAAUUGAUCAAAUACUUUUUCUUUGUGUAAAUUUAUUAUAACAUACUGAUUGGUGCUCCAUUUUGAGCUUUUUACAAAAUUUUGAAAUAUUAGCAUUUGAAGUUUUGUUAAUUUUCUAUUUUGCUGCAUUGUAAGUGGCUUAAUUUUUCUUCAUUUAACUCGUAUCUUUAGAUAUGUGUUACUCUCAAGUUUAGAUACUUCUGACAUACAGUUUUAUGCUUUAUAAGAAGACGUAUAUUAUAUAUAUUUCACCACUACUAUCAAGCACCUAGUGUGCAAACAUUUAUAGAUUUGCCUGUGGCUUCCCAAAUAAAUGACUGGUUAUGUUACUCAGUUUCAUGUUAGAUUGAAAAGUUUUGCAGACAUGUUCAUUUUUCUAUAACUGUUUGGAAUUCAGUUUAUCAUUCAAAUAGAUAUACUAGGUACCAAGCAUGGUUCAGAUAAUACUGACAAGUUGUUACGUAGAUGUCUGUAAAGAUAGUACCAAAAAUACAUGUAGAAUAUGAAUAAGAAUGGAAACCUAUUAUGGGAUGGUAUAACUAACCUGUAAAUUGUUACCCAAGUUAGUCAUCAAGGCUUCAGUAAAAAUAAAUGUACACGGAAUUUACUGACGCACAUUUAUGUGCUUUUUUGAGUGUUGGUGAGAGCAAAUUGGAAAUACUGUAAUGUCAUAUCACAUAUUAAACAUGACAUAUUAAACUUAUUUACUGUAAUGUCAUAUCACAUAUUAAACGUUUAUGUAAUAGUUUACAACAUCUUACAUUUCAUACAAUUUUCCCCAUUGUCUUCUGGUUCUGAUUUUGAAAUCCAUUUGUUUCUCACCACUGUUUAAUGUGCUAGGUGUUUAUUUGGUAUUAUUCUUUAUUAUUUUAAUAAAUUUUUCAUAUACAAUUAUAUUUAAUGAUAUUUUUGUCUUUUUUUUUUUUCAGCAAUCACCUCUUUUUUUAUUGUUUAGUUUGAUUGAAAGAAUCAGUCAGACUCCACAUAUAUAUAUGUUUCUUUUACAUGUAGGUAAUUUUUGAUGCAUAAAGUGCAAAAAAGUCAUUUGUACUACAUCAGUAGCAAUGAGAAAAAUACAACAAAAGAGAGAGAAUGUACCUUUUAUUGUAGGGAUGAAGAUAAAUUAUAAAAAAAUAAACCACUGUGGCCUUAUAAUGUCCACACUUGUUAUGUUUAAUUAUAGAGAGAUUAGGUAGUCAGCUUAAUACUAAGUUUCUUCUCCUAUAACUGAAGUUAAUCUGUGCUUUACCCGACAUUCCAUUACAUACCAUGGUUUCCUGCCCUGCUUGAAUCAUGUUGUCAUACAAAUCUAGUCAGAUACUUUGUUAAUUAAAGCUUACUUUACAAGUAAUGAGUUACCAAGAACUAGCUGACGGUUGACUUUACAAAGUAUAUUGUAUUUUAUAACUCUCUUGAUUUAAUUUGUUGGAAACUUCCAAAGUAUGGUUGGGUCAGUGAAAGAAAAGAAAAAAUUUUGAAUGUUUAUUAUUAUGCAUGUAUAUUGUUACUGUUUGUUUUUCUAUUUGGAUUCAAGAAGAAUCCACAAACAUAUAUAUAUAGUAAUUCUUACAAGUUUCUUAACAUCUAACCAACUUUUAUACAUUAUAUUUAUGUGAUGCCUUGAGAUUUAUUGCUUCAGUUUGCCUAGAAUUUUUACCUUUUCUCCCAGUUAUUCUUCAAUACUGCUUUAAUUAAGAUUUUAUAAGAAUUAAUUUGUUCUACUUUUUUAAUAUCAAAAAAUAUGAUAUUGUUCAAUAUUCACAGGAUCUAAUGGCUUUAAAUAAAGUUUGAUUAUUUUUUUUUAAUGUUGGUUUUAAAAGCACAAUAAGUACAAGCAAAGGGUUAGACUUGCAAACAGUUUAGCGUCUUCGUACAUAAACUGGCUAACUUUAUAUAUAUAGAUAGAUAGAUAUACAAUAUAGUGAGAUCAUAAGGUUAUACUGUUAGAUUUUUUCUAAUGUUUUCACACCAUUAAUAUUAAGUAAUCUUAAGGAUUUAACCUUGAUCAUAAAUUUUUUACAUACCUUGUGCCAUGAUUUUUUUAGGAGUGGUUUAUGUAGUAAUGACCAGUAAAGUUUUAAUUGUAUAAAACACCUAUGAAAUACAGUAGAAUAGCUAGUAGUCAAAAAAACACUAUCUCUAAAACUCCAAGAUUUGUAUUUCAUUAUUAUAAUCAUUCUCUUUCAUUGUAUAGUGUAGUUUUCUUAACUAAGAAUUAUUGAUCAGCAUUAGCAUGGUACACAUAUAUAUAUAUUGGAUCAGCUAGAAUUACUGUGAAAUCUAUAGCUUGUUUUGUUACUGGUGUGUUCAAGUUGAUCGUAAUUUUUACAAAGUACGGCUUUUGUUCAUUUUUAUAACUGAAUACAAAAAAAAGGGAUUAAGAGGAAUUGGCAUUUAAAACAAGUGAUAGAAGACUUUUUAAAGACUAUCAGUUGUAUAACACCUGUGUUUACUUGGCCUUGUAACAACCACCAUGUUUGUUAUGUCUUAAACUAUUUAAUUUUGUAAAUCGUCUUCUGGUACAAAAAAAUAAUAAUUCAGCAUUAAAGAAUACAACCAUUUGAUGUUCUGAUAAUUUUUGUAAUUACAUUUUACUGUUAAACCUAACUUUAACAUGCUAACUAAUUACAUUUCCUAGUCAACUGUCAAGUCUAAUUUUACAUUGGAAUUUAGAAUAUUUUUUUAUUUCCCUGUUUAACUACUUAUAACAUUUUGUUAUUGUGUUAUUACUUAAAUUAAGUUUUAGCAAAGGUUUAAUGAGUGCAUCAUUUCACUUGUAUUGAAUUUUAUAGAAAUGAACCUCAGUAUUACAGAAUUAGAAUAAAACUUAAUUUUACAUCAAUAGUUAUUCAAUAUAUUGCUGUCUUGAUCUAAUCUUUAUUUAAUUUUUCUAAGUAUAAUAUUUUAAUAGUAUACAAAAAUUUUGAAUGCUUAAAAUCAGUGUUUGGACAGUUCACUAUUUAAAUAUCUUUUAUUGUGUUUAAUGAACAACUUACCAACAAAACCAUUUCACACCAGUAUUGUCUUCCACUUUUGCAUUUUUUUUUUCCUGUUUGCAAGAUAAAACUUUUCAUACAACUUGUUUGCAUUUCAUGUUAUUUUUGGAAUUAAAGAUUAAAGAAGUAAUACACCACUUAAUCAUUUGAUUUUCAGAAGAGUACAGAGUUGUAAAUUGUUUCAUAGUUUAUUUGUAAAUAUUAUAAUUUGUUUCCCAGUUUUGAUUUUUUUUUUCAGUAAAUCUCAUUAUUUCGCCAAAACUCAAACUUCAUAAAUCUAGCAGUUAACACUAUUGUACAAAUUCUUUAAAGAUUUGUGUGUAUUCAUUCUGACAAGUAUUGUGCUGAUAAAAGUGGAACUAAAUUCAGUAUUAAGCUUUUUGAGUAAAGUGGUUUGUGUGUAUGUACAUGCAUCUCAUGUUUACUUAUCUUGAACACACCAGAAACACAAAAAGCUUUUAUCCAACAGUUUGUUUUUCAGAAAUGUUUGAAAGAAAACUUUUAUAAUAGUAAAUAUAUUUAAAGCAAUGUUAAGUGAUCUCACUCUUGUUAACACUUAUGCUUUUUUUGACUUGCCCCUAGGCUGGUUUGAUACUUACUUUGAUAUCUAAUUCCUGUCUUCCCAUUUUUUAGAGAUUAACUGUAUAUUGACAAGUUUGUUUUUGUUUUUUAUAGACAUUGUAGAACUGUAGUUGUACCUUAUUAAAAACUACUUUCUAAAUUAGAGCACACUAUUUAAUUACUGCUUGUACUCAUUUUAUACACAUUUUAACAUUUACAACUUUGAAAUUAAUUUACAAAGUUUAGUUUAUUGGUUCAUUUGAUAUAUAGAACAAAAACUUGGAUCUUUUGCAUACAAUUUAAUGUAGACUUUUUUUUUUCUAACUUAGUGUUCCUUUUUUGAGGUUUUAUAAAAUAUAGAAGACUAGUCUGGAUUUUGAUAUAUUAAGUAAGGAAGAAACUUUGCUGAUAUUCCAUAUUUUUUACAGGAGCACAUCUAUUUUUUUUGUUAACUCUGGAAAUAUACUACUGAAAGGUAUUAUUAGUAUUUGUUUCAAAUAUUAAUGGUGUUUAAUUGUAUAUUUUGUUUCUCAGCUAUGCAAUAUUCUUUUCCCAUGAUAUCCUGACAGUUGGCUGAUGUUGAGACGUGCUCUAUAAAGAUUUUAUUGAGUUUUUUUUUCCCUUUGGAACAGUUCAGAGCAAUAUAUCUAUAGUAUUUUAUUAUUGUUCGUUCUAAUAUUCAGAUUAUAAAUAUAUAUAUAUAUGUAUUAAAUAACAUUUAGAUCACCAAGCCAACUGGCAGUGGUCACAGGGUCAAAUGUAUAAGUCAACUUUUCUUGUGGUUUACACUUUUGAGAGUAUCCUUUACAUAGGCACCAGGGUAUUUUUGGUGCUGUUUUACAAAAAUGGAACAUAUACUAGAAAACUAAAUCCGUUAAAAUGAUAAAAGAUAUUGCUGAUCCAAUAUUCUGAUAGGAAUAUAAAUGCUGAUUUCAAUUUUGGUGCCUAGAAAUGCCUCAAUAAUGUUACUGAAAAAUAGAUGCUGGUACAAAACUGAUCCCCUGCAGCUUUGCUGCCUGCAGAAAUUAGGUUAAUAAAUAUUGAAGAUAAUGCCAGUGGAUACAGUGAAAAUGUAUUAUGUAAAAGUCUACUGAAUGAUGGAAAAAGUCAAGAACAUCUAGAAGUCUGGUAUUUAAGGCAACGGUGUUAUAUUGGUUAGAGGUUCAGUUGCAAUUUACAGAGGAAUGUGUAAAAUUAUUGGCAGAUUUUUACUGAGCUCAUUUCACUGAAAAGAAAUCAAACUGGAUAUUCUUAGUUGUGCACAAGGAUAAAAUCUUGAUUUCUAAUAGGUAGAUAUGGUUCUGUGUUAUGAAAUGCCCAAAUGUUAGAAAUAUGUCACUGUUUAUGUAAUCACUAAUAAAGAAAUGAUGGCAGUUUGGCAGCAGGGAUUUGAAUGAGUUAUAUUGCAUUUACUUGUACUAUUUUUGGAAGACAUUACCUGGCUAUGAUUUGUAAUGACGUUUGAUGUUUAUUCCAAUAAAGGCAGUUGUAUUCAUUGUUCA